UUAAGCAGAAACUUAUUAAUUGUCUUUUGAAUCUAAAUCAAUAGAAUUUCAUUCCACUUCUAGUAACAAGAAGAUUUUGUUACUUACUUUGUUGCAUUCUUUGUUUGUUUGUUUUUGUUUUUGUGUUUGUGUUUUACCAGGUAGAGCCCUGGAGGAACUAAGAGGUUCUUUGUACAAUGAUCUACGCACUUCGGAAUCCGCCAAGCGGCAACAGCAGCGGUUCUGUGGCCCUGCUGUGGCUAUGUCUUUCAAUUUCAUGGUUGCCGUUGGGAUAAUACUCACCAACAAAUUGGUGAUGGGGAAGGUGGGAUUUAAUUACCCCAUAUUCCUAACACUAAUCCACUACACAGUGUCAUGGAUUCUGAUGGCCUUGUUCAAAGCAUUAGCUUGGCUCCCCGCCUCACCGCCCUCGAAAUCAACACCUUUCUCUUCUCUCUUUUCACUGGGAAUUGUUAUGGCUCUAUCUAAUGGUCUUGCCAACACUAGUCUCCAACAUAACAGUGUUGGCUUUUACCAGAUGGCUAAGAUUGCUGUAACCCCAACCAUUGUUCUCACAGAAUUCAUCUUUUUCAGGAAGACCAUUUCUUACAAUAAGGUGAUAGCUUUAGCCAUAGUUUCAGUGGGUGUAGCAGUAGCGACAGUGACAGAUCUCGAGUUCAAUGUAUUUGGUGCUUGUGUCGCGGUUGCAUGGAUAGUUCCUAGUGCUGUAAACAAGAUUCUAUGGUCUAAUUUGCAACAGCAGGGCAACUGGACUGCUUUAGCAUUGAUGUGGAAGACAACGCCUGUAACGAUCUUCUUCUUAGUAGCUUUGAUGCCAUGGCUCGAUCCGCCAGGAGUGUUGUCCUUCGGUUGGAAUAUCAGUAACUCAUCAGCAAUUAUGGUGUCUGCUGUUCUUGGAUUCCUCCUACAGUGGUCUGGUGCUUUAGCACUCGGGGCAACUUCAGCCACCACUCACGUUGUUUUGGGACAAUUCAAGACCUGUGUCAUCCUGUUGGGAGGCUAUAUAUUGUUCAAUUCAGAUCCAGGACCCACGAGUCUUUGUGGUGCAGUCACAGCAUUGGGUGGCAUGUCAGUUUAUACAUCACUUAGUCUAAAAGAAUCUGUCGAAGGUGUCGUGAAGCAAAACCCGAACCUGAAUCAACUUGCAAAACCUAAAACAGACGUUGAAGAAGAUGAGGAGAAAGCAAGUGUGAAGAGUGUCUCAAGUACUGAAUGAUCAAUGCAUAUCUGUGUUACUUGGACUCGGGUACUUAUGUCAGACAUCCACCAAAUAUCCAACUUGGGGUAUAUUAUAUUAUGAAUUUUUCUAUAAUUAUGGCCCAAAACAAAGUAUUGAAGUAUCCAUACCCAUGUCAGAAUUGUUGAGAAUCCGACACAGAUAUUUGAGGUAACAUGAAGAGUUCGAGGAAUAUGAAUAUACACAUUCAUGCAUCGCCUGAGAGUAUCUAGAGUGCAAAGAGAGGAAAGAGAGAAAGAGCUACUGAAUUAGUGUGUAGCUUUGAUAAUGAUGUUGUACAGAAGAAUAGACCAUUAAUUAGAUGCUGAAUUCAUACAGUCAGCUUUUCCAUUGCUACUGAACUUGCACUUCGCCAUUGGAGUCUAAUUUCAUUCUUGCCGGCUACAUCCUCAUCAGGUUUCCAUAUUUCUGUAUUCGAUGUACUUGCAUGAAAUCUUUAGCGUAAUGAUUAAUUUAUUACAAUUACAUGUU